AACAAGCAGUUCCUUUCAUGUUUGCAUCGUGAAGGUAGCCACUCCUCCUGAGACUAGCAGAUUGUUUAUACUUUUUGGCCAGUAAGCAGAUUGUCCCAAAAAGUUGAGUUGAGCUGCUACGUCAUUCCGGUUGCUCUGUAACUGCAGUAUGCGCGAAUCUCGCUGAGCUGACCUGAAAAUAGAAGAUGGACUAUGUGGCGGCUGCAGCUGGAGCAACGGUCAUGGUCAUCGUAGUCAUAAUUGCCGUGAUGCUGUGCAUGGCCUACAAGCCGUGGAAUCUUGUGAUCCAAGCCAGAGGGCCAUCCGAAGUUGUACCUCUGUCUGACGGAGGAGCAGCAGGCGGCUAUGCAGGUGGUGGUGGAGGCGGUGGUGGAGGCGGUGGUGGAUGCGAAGAUGGAGGAGGUGGUGGAGGCGAUGACGGAGGUGGUGGUGGUGGCGGCAGAGAUGAGGAUAAGAGAGACAGAUCGAAGCGCCUCCAGUCCCACAGCCCCAACCCUCAGUCCAGGAGGCCUUCUCCCCAAGGCCUCUUCAGCGAGGAAGAACAGAAGAUGAAAGCUCUUCCGUCAGCGCGUGUUACCCGGGAUCAAGGCAAGAGUCGUGAACUGUCGAUUUUGUUUUCUUUCAUAGGAAGAACCUGUCUUGAAAAUGAUCUUGCCACACAAUUGUAUGGCAUUAACUGUUUUUGAAAAAUGCCAAAAGUUAAUUAAAUAUACGGUGCGCGCACAAUAGGAGUAGACAUAGGAACUGCGGCAAAUUAGUUCAUGCAUUCGUUCAGAGUAAAACAUACAGACCAACAGAAUAUAACUAGUUAGAAUUUUAAUGUAUUACUGUUCAAGCAUUUUCCUCCAGUGUUAAGAAUGGACUUUAAUCUGUAUUUCCUAUAAUAAGCAAAUUUCUUGUAAUUAGCAAAUGUCUGAGAGCGAACCAUCCUCAAUAAAGGAUGUAAGUGA